GGGGCAGGCCCAAGGGACCACGGGGUAAAGAACGUGGACAGACUUUGGACACUGGGGCAGGGAGAGAGAGAGAGAAAGAGACUUGCGGCAGAAUUUCACCAUGUGGCUGCGAAUCGCCUGUCUCCUGUUGGGGUUCACCGGCUCUGCUCCAGCCUCAGUGUUCCAGGGACGGGACGAGGCCCACAGCCUCCUCGACAGGGUCAGGCGGGCCAACUCGGGCUGGCUGGAGGAGCUGAAGACCGGGAACCUGGAGAGGGAGUGCCUGGAGGAGCUCUGCUCGUACGAAGAGGCGCGAGAGGUCUUCGAGCACGACCGAGCCACGGAUGAGUUCUGGAAAAACUACAACGUUAAAGACAACUGUCAUUCCAGUCCAUGCGAGAACAAUGGAACAUGCUCCAAUCAAGGGCCAUCCUACAACUGCCUCUGCCCCCCGGGGUUCAGCGGGCGAAACUGCGAGCUAGAAUUCAAGCUCGUUCCGGACACCUGUCUGCAUGACAACGGGGGGUGUGAACACUUCUGCGAGGAGGAGGGAGGAUCCCGAAACUGCUCCUGUGCGGCGGGCUACCUCCUGGCUGAGGAUGGACAGCGCUGCCUGGCUCAAGAGACCUACCCCUGUGGGACGGUCCCUGUCCUGCAGGGGAACCACUCAGAGAAGACGGACCCAGAUGACCCUCGGGCGAGGAUCGUGGGGGGCACGGAAUGCCCCAGGGGUCACUGUCCCUGGCAGGUUCUGCUGGUGUACGGAGAAAAGGGAUUCUGUGGAGGAGUCAUCUACACAGCCACCUGGAUCCUCACCGCCACCCACUGCAUGGAGAAGAUAGAUGUCAAGCACCUCAAAGUGGUCGCAGGUGAGCACAACCUGGACGAGAACGAGGGAUCGGAGCAGACCGUCCGGGUGGCGGAGAUCGUGGAGCACCCGGGCUACGUGGUGAAGACGUCGGACAACGACAUCGCCCUGCUGCGGCUGCGGGAGCCCAUUCGCUUCUCGCCGUACGCCGUGCCCGUGUGCCUGCCCCGGCGGCAGCUGGCGGACCAGGAGCUGUGGGCCGUCCACACGCACACCGUCAGCGGGUGGGGCAGGCGCAGCGAGGGCGGCCCCACCUCCCGCGUCCUCCGCAGGCUGGACGUGCCGCGCAUCCGCACGCAGGACUGCGUGCAGAACAGCGGCGUCAGCAUCACCGCCAACAUGUUCUGCGCCGGCUACAUCGAGGGCCGGCAGGACUCCUGCAAGGGCGACAGCGGCGGCCCGCUGGUCACCAAGUACCGGCGAACCCGGUUCCUCCUCGGCAUCGUCAGCUGGGGCAAGGGCUGCGCCCGACCGGGGAAUUAUGGGAUAUACACGCGCGUGUCAAAGUACCUGGACUGGAUUCACGAGCAUACCGCCGGACAGGCGAUUAAUGGCACCGAGAUUAUAUAAUGUCGUAAAAAUAUCACCUGUUUUGCCCAGCGAAAUACCAGCAAUCCUCUUGGCACACUUUCACAUUUUCUUACCCAGCUUGCAGCAUUUUAUUUAUACUUGGUCAUGUGAUUUAUCUGUAGUCUUCCUCUGGUCGUCCACUGUCCUGAACUGGGAUACCAACAUGCCACAGACACACACACACACACACACACUUAUUAAUGAAAAAAAAGGCUAUACUGUAUUGCUUAGGGCAAUUAACUAUUAGAAAAGGCUCAUAAUAAAAUAAAAUGUUUUUAAAAACAGCAUAAUUAUAUUUUUUUCAUUCACAGCCACACUUUCAACAUAUUUCUUUCAAAAAGAACCCCUAGAAGAAAAUUCCAUAUCAGGAUUUCAUUGGGAGCCAAAUUAGUUAAGUUUAUUUGAACCAGGUGAUGCACAGUGCAAGCUCCAGGGCCAGAUUUAUGAAACAGUUUAGACAAACAGUGUAGAAUCAACCUGUAAUGUUUGCAUACAGUGAAAUACUUAUAGAAGCUCUUGAAAAUGUAAAGGUCUAAUUUCCAGAUAGCUUUCAGCUUUCUGCACACCAAGUCAUCUGACUAGGAAGUUUGGUGUAAAGGAAAGAUUUGCAGAUUAUAUGGCAACCACCUUAUUUCAGUUACCUUCGCUUUCCUGUCCACAUACAUGAUGCGAAAGCUCCAUUUGCCCAUGUAAUUGUAAAUCUGUUUACAUAAAUCUGCUUAAAAAA